GUUAGCGCUGGACGAGCAAUCUACAACCGACUCUUGUAACGGUUAUAUCGCUGGAAGUAUUGAAUUUUGAAACAUUCUGCAUUCAACAUGCCGCCAAAAGUAAGUGGAAAAGCUGUGAAGAAAGCCGGUAAGGCUCAGAAAAACAUAAGCAAAGCCGAUAAAAAGAAGAAGAGGAGAAGGAAGGAAAGUUACGCUAUCUACAUCUACAAAGUGUUGAAACAGGUGCAUCCUGAUACUGGUAUUUCUAGCAAGGCAAUGAGCAUCAUGAACAGUUUUGUUAAUGAUGUUUUUGAACGUAUUGCUGCUGAAGCAUCACGAUUGGCGCAUUAUAAUAAACGUUCUACAAUUACCUCUCGGGAGAUCCAAACUGCUGUGAGGUUACUGUUACCUGGCGAAUUGGCUAAGCAUGCAGUAAGUGAAGGUACUAAAGCAGUCACCAAGUAUACCAGCUCCAAAUAAGAAGAUAUAUCGAAGUUGAUAUAAUAAACUGACAUUGAAUUUUAAGAUCAAUAAGCAAAAGAAAUGGUCCUUUUCAGGACCACCAAA